GUAAUUCUUACGAAUAUCAUUCACUAAUGUAUUAUUCUUAUUGUAUGUAUUUGUUAUUUCAGCUAUGGCUGAACGUCGGGACUACUACACUCCUGGGCCGUUGGUGUCAGACGUUCUGACAAUGCAGGACGAUCACAGAUCCUCGGUUAUUUGGGAUAACCAGGGCGACGAGUCUUCCUUAGGGUCACGUUCGAGCGCCAGACUUACUCCAUUUCACGAGCUAGAUUCUCGCAUCAGGAAUGGGAUUAUUCAGACUGGCAUGUCUGGUUUUCUCGCGAUGCGCCAGUUUCCAGUUGACCUGUGCCUUAUCACAGCUCUUGUGGAGAGGUGGAGACCAGAGACACACACGUUUUGGUUUCCAGAGGGCGAGUGUACUAUCACGCUGCAGGACGUGGCCAUCCUGACAGGGCUCCCAGUGGAUGGGACGCCAGUUACCGGACCUCGUAUACGGAAUUGGAACACGGUGUCUGUUCCUCUUUUAGGGAGGCAGUUAGAGGUCAGCCGUCCCCGUAAACCGGGGUCCUCGUGGGUCAGUGGUGCUUGGUUGUCAGCCCAGUUUGGUUGUUGGACGGUAUUGCCUGCGGGUGCUACAGAGGAUCAGGUUGACCAGGCGGUUCGAGGUUACCUUUGGGCUGCUUUACAGGGUCUGUGCUUUCCUGACUUGAACAGCGGCCACUUGGGCGUGAGGAUUCUUCCGCAUCUGGCGGAUUUAGGCCACUUGCGCGAUAUUAGCUGGGGAUCGGCUGUUCUGGCGUAUUUGUACCACGAGCUAUGCCUCUGCGCCUCUGCUUCGGCGGACAGACAGAACAUCGGGGGCGCCGUGUGGAUUCUACAGCUCUGGGCUUACGAGCGACUUAGGCCAUUGCGACCCCGUUUGGCCGACUUUGAUGUCACGGGGGGAUUGCCUUUGGGUGACAGAUGGGGGGGUCCCAGACAGCGGGAGCGGGGGACACCACGAGUUCCCAGACACUCAGUUUCUCACUUCAGACUGUUAUUGGACGGGCUGCGUUACGACGAUAUCGUUUGGCAGCCAUACUCCGACGACGUUCUGCAGUCCAUCCCACAGAUGUACCUGACAGGGCGACAUAUUUGGCGUGCCCGAGUGCCAAUGAUCUACUAUCACAUCGUGGAAUGGCACCAGCCGGAUAGGGUUCUGCAGCAGUUCGGCUUACAGCAGCCCAUUCCCCUGCCUGCUAUGCAAGAUCGGCGCCUUCAUAACAUCCAGUAUCAGGGGAACUACAACUUUGAUGAACUGCUCUCAGAUUACAUUCAGAUUUGGAACAACAGAGCGGCUUACGUUGUUCAGGGUUACCAGCUCCAGCGUCCACCUCACUACCAUUCAGCGUAUAUGGAGUGGUUUCGGAGCCGCAGCCGGCGUUGGAUUACCCAUGAGGGCGCAGCGGCCGGACAGAGUCGCGACACUUUCGAGAUGAUCGCCCUUCAGAGAGAGGCGCGUGCGUCUAGGAUUGGGACUGCUGCACGCAGUUCUCAAUUAGCUUACGGAGAGGAGCGCCGUGACGUCACACUGCCCCCACCAGAGCCAGCAGUUCCGGCUUACGUACUACCUCCUCUUCCUCCCCUGACCAUCGAUCUGGCUCACAUCAGGGGAGCGCGUAGACGGCAGCCUAGAGCCGCCCCGCCUCGCGAGCGCCCGGCAGACCCUAUCCCCCCACCGGUCUACUUCCACUUCGAUCCUACAGCCACUACAAACAGACGGGGGGAGUACUAUGGCCCGACUCAGUACUACGGUUCCACUUCCACUUCAGCAUCACAGCCUCCGUGGCAUCAGACCUAUUUCCCACAGGGACCCCAGGUAUCAUCGUAUCAGGUCCCGCCUUCGUCGAUGCCGUUUUUUGAGCCGUCGUACGGACAGACAGCAUAUACCACUUCUCUGGGCACACCACCGGCGUCUCAGUUCCAGCAGGCCACACCACCGGCGUCUCAGUUCCGGCAGGCCACACCACCGGCGUCUCCGUUUCAGCAGACCACACCACCGCCGUUUGCUGCAUCAGAUCAGUAUUACCGUCCAGCGCCAUAUACAGAUGCUCAACCGUUCACGUCUUUCGAUCAGUGUUACCGUCCCACGAUGCCUUCGGAUGAUCAGCCGUCGACGUCACAUUCGCGGCCAUCUUCUUCUCACCAGGCCCAGGAUCCAUCACAGCUACAUUUUACACUGUCAGAGUCAUGGUUAUUCGGUCCGGAGAUCGGUUCAGAGGCGUACGAGGAGCUUUUAUCACGACCGGAUCUCACACCUCCAUCUUUUAGACUUCUACCGCCCACACAGGAGGAGACCGGUACUGCACCACCAGCAGCAGACGUUCAGCAUUCAGCUCAGGACGAGGACGCCUCCGACAGCAGCGAGAGCCCUCCGGUACCCAGACAGUUUCACUCGAUCACAGACAGCUCGCGGCACCGACGAGAGACUCACGGUUUGAGGGUACAGAGACCGAGGACUCGUAGAUAUGAGGAUUAGAUUUCAUAUCUUUCUUUAUUUAUCGAUUUUUGUAUUUUAGUAUAUGUUGUAUGUUUACUAUAUUAUGUAUAUUAUAUUCGUGUGUUAUAAUUGUUAUUUUGUUA